UGAAGGUUAAUGUUUUAACACUGCUAUGUUAUGGCUUGUUCUUAGCCUCUGUAAGCAGCAUGUUGCUUUGGCACUUUUUUACUUACAGAGGUCCACUUGAUGUUCAACCAAUUUCCUCAGGCAGAAGUGAUGAAGCUGCCAUCUAUCUAUCAAAACUUAAACAAAAUCCUGUAAACAGCAAGGACCGUGGCAUUAUUGACAAACUAUUAGCAAAUUACAGUCAAACGUGGGUAAAGCAGGACAAGAACUUUAUAUCAUUCAGGUCAUUGCUUGGCAGCAGCUGCAAUGCUAUUUCCAAUGCAGUGGUUACACAGGACAACUCACCUGUUGGGACAAACAUUACAUUUGAUGGGGAACAAAAAAGGAUAAUGGUGGUGACACCAGACCUGUUCAAUUUAUUUCCCAAGGAAAACCCAUUCAAAGGAGCACCGUGGCAGUCAUGUGCUGUGGUGGGCAAUGGAGGCAUCUUAGCCAACAGCAGCUGUGGAAAACAAAUCAACUCUGCUACUUAUGUUAUCAGGUGCAAUCUUCCUCCAGUAAGCAAUGGACAUGAGAAAGACACAGGAACUAAAACAAACCUUGUUACAGCCAACCCUACCCUCCUCUUUAGAAGGUACCAAUCGCUAACUGAGCGCCGACGAUCGUUUGUGGAGGACGUGCAGUUGUAUGGAAACGCAUUAAUCUUCCUGCCUGCUUUCUCAUUUGGGAUGAACACAGCUGUGUCCCUGCGUGCCCUCUACUCACUGGAAGACCACAGUAGCAGCGGCCCACGUGUUGUCUUUUUUAACCCAAGUUACCUGAAAAGUCUGGCCCACUUUUGGCGUGGCCAGGGACUUCGUGAAGUACGCCUCAGCACAGGUAUCAUGAUGGCCAGCUUGGCACUAGAGCUCUGCAAUAUUGUUCAUUUGUACGGCUUCUGGCCCUUUGAAUCACACCCAUACACCUACCAGCAGCUCAGCAACCAUUAUUAUGAUAACCAACCAGUACACAAAGGAAUGCAUUCGAUGCCAGCUGAGUUUGAAGCCUUGUUGAACCUCCAUAACAAGGGCGUGAUCCAUCUGCACCUAGGGGAGUGCACAAAUUAAACUACACUUUAUGGCCAAAAGGUGGUGGACAUUUGACAUCUAUAUGUUUUUUUUUAUUUUUUUACAUUCUAUGUUUGUCGUUAUUUAGUGAGAUCAGGCACUGAUUUAAGGUGUGGAGGCCUGGGGUGCAGCCAGUCUUGAAGGUUCUGUGAGAGGAAACUUUUAAAGCUAAAGCAUACAAAGACAUCUUGUAUCAUUUUGUGCUUCCAACUUUGUGGCAAUAGUUUCACAAAGCACACAUAUGGGUUUAAUAGUCAUGUGUCUACAAAUUUUGAGCCAUAUUGUAUAUGCGGAGGAGCUACUUUUAAACUGUACCAUAAGCUCAUGUAGUGUAUUAUUCAGCGGGUAAAUAGAUGGCAUUAUCUAUCAGAGUUAGAUGUGUUCCAAAAAAUUGAUUGUACAAUUUUGUUAUUCCUAAAUUGUUAAAAGUUUGUUUUAUCCUUCUUUUUCUUUUUCUUCUUAUUAUUAUUGUACAACAUUUUUCAACUUCAAAGAUGUCCUGUGUAACCUACUGGCAAACUUUCUGUCUUUGGCUGAAGUUACUGUAACUAAAUUUUUAAAACAAAUGACAAAACAAACUAACAAACAAUCAACAAUGUUUUUGUAUUACAGACUUUACAUUAGAGAAAAUGUUCAGGAAAAUUAUCCAAUGAGAAUAAUAUACUGCUACAUUACGCAGCAGUAUAUUAUAAUUAUUGUCCUUUAAGAUGUUUUAUCAAUUAUUAUACACAAAAGCUUCAGAGUGGCACAACACAACAUCAUUUCCCCUAUCAUUCAUGGA